CAAAGUAAUAUUUAUCUUCAACUCUAUUUAUACCUCAACUACGUAUCUCUUUGCUGACUUGACAGCGUGUUGUGCCUUUCACCUGAAACCCACAGCGAGCCGCUCUAAUCAAUCGGCACCGUCGGCUCCACUCACACCCACACCAACAACCAACCAACCAGCCAGCCGCAAUCGUACCGGUAGUCUAGCUAGUUGUUUGGUUGUUUUUAUUAUUUUAUCCAAGUAUCUGCUUUCGGAUAUAUAAGCGUAUAUCGAUACCAACCAGAGUAAGGUCUCAAGUGCAUGUCUUUCGUUCCUGCCCCGCAGCAGGCGAAUGUCGCCAGCGCCAACAGAACCAGCAACAAUGCAGUUGCGGUGAAUAAUAACAAUGCGGCUGCGGCCGAUGAAGCCGGUGGCAUCGAUGAGGAUCUCAUCUUCAAGAUCCGAACGUUCGAUGUCUAUUGGGUAGAAAAGUAUGCCCUCAUGUACAAGGCCGGUGUCGAUAAGAUCUUUGACAAGGACACGAGAAAGGCCCAGUAUGUGACCAAACAGCGGUCUUCGAUUCCCGUCAUUCUGAGGGACAUGGCUCCACCGGAAGGUUCCAUUUUCGACCCUGCCAAAAAGUGGGAGGAAGAAAAAAAGCGUCGUGCCAAGGCCUUCUCGGUCCAAGCCAGCGAAGAAGCAGAGGCCGCUGCCAAGGCAGCCGAAAAGGGCAACAAGAAGGGAUCCAACAAAAAAGGUGCCAACAAAAAGUCCACGGCCGACACCAUCAAGGAGUCCAAUGCUGCCGAAAAACUCAAAAAAGAUCACGAACGUGAUUUGCAAAAGUUGUCAAACCUCAAGACUCUCAAGACGUUGCAAGAUGCCACUUGUGAAACCACGGGAGGAAAAAUUCAUCGCAUGAUCAAAAUGCUACACAUGGCGGUCUGCGAUUUGAGGCAGGGUGUCGUUCAUGGCAGCGAGGCGGAAGUCUUGGAUAUUCUAUGGGCACUCGAGGAAAUGCAGGCUUUCAAAUCUGCCGAUGAAGAAGUCGCCAAGGAAAAAGCCAUGAAGAAGGAAGCCAAGGAACAGGAAAAGGCAGACAAAAAAUCUUCCAAGAAGGAUAAGAAAGGAGACAAGAAGAAAAAGGACAAGAAGGACGAGAAAAAGGAGGAAAAGAAAUUUGUGCUGAGCCCCGACGGAAAAUCUCUUCGUGAUCUCUACAAGGAUGGGUCGGACAGUCGCGGGUCUUACAAGGAUUCACUCAAGCACGCCCGAAAGCUCAUGAGCAGCAAAGAGAACUUGAUCUCCUUCCAGUUGACAGAGAUGGCGGACCGCUUGCCUCCUCUUAGUCGGUACAACCGCACCUUUCGCCUGGAGGAUUGGCAGUGUGCCAUUCUGGAAGCCAUCGACGAGAAAAGAUCCGCCGUCGUGUGUGCUCCCACCUCGUCUGGAAAGACCCUCCUCAGUACAUACACCUGUAAGAACGCUGGAGGUACCGUCCUGUUUGUCCUUCCCAGUGACGUUCUCGUUUGGCAGGUUGCCGCUACGUACUACGAGUUCUUCAAGGGAAACGUGACGGUCUGUACCGACUUGAUUACAUUCCAGGAAGUCACGGGCGAUGCUCAGGUCUACAUUGGGACGCCCUGUGCUCUCGAGCGCUGCCUCAGUAAGGUCAGAGGAUGCGCUGGAGAGGAAAUGGCCAAAGGAGAACGCGAAUUCAUGAUUCUUGACGGUGGCUACAGUCAGUUUAAAUACUUGGUCUUGGAUGAAGUACAUACCCUCAACGGUCCCGAGGGUGAUGCAAUUCAGCGCAUUAUCAAGACGUGCAACUGUCCCGUUCUUGCCUUGAGCGCCACCAUUGGAAAUGCAUCACAGCUCAGAGAUUGGUUCACGUCUGUUCGCAAGGACCAAGCGGAACAGGAUAUCGAUGCAUCGGAGGCCGAUCAGGAGGUUGUGUUGAAAGAACAUUCGGCUCGAUUCAUCAACUUGCAGCGCUACGUAGUCACGCAGUCGGAGGGCAAAGACGGCAAGAUCAAACAGAAACUGGUGCGCCUUCAUCCCGUGGCGGCCAUGACACCGGAUCGCCUCAAGAAUGAGCCCGAGUUGAUUGGUUCUCUUUCCAUGACCCCUCGUGACUUGAUGGAUUUGUGGAAGCGUAUGCGAGCCAUCUUUCCUGGGACUGUCUUGGAAGAGAUGGAUGAUCCGGACAAAUUCUUCAGUUCGAAGGUGGAUGAAAGCAAGAGGAUCACCCUCAAUCAGACGAAAGAUUACGAAGUUCGUCUCAAGGCUCGUCUUGCCGCUUUGGCGGAAUCCCAUCCUGACCUCUACGAAAGACUUCGCAAGGCUCAGCUUCCUCCUCCUUUGGAAUCCAAGGCGGACGUGAGCGACAUCCUCUAUGGUGUCGUUGAUCAGUUGAAGCAGAACGACUUGCUCCCAGCCGUCGCCUUUCAGCUCAACACCUACGGAGCGUUCAACAUGUUCAAAACACUCCUUCGUGAUUUGGAGAAUGCCCAGAUUGCUGAGUUCCCCAACUAUCGCAAGGAUCUCAUCAAGCUUGCCCGCGAGAAGGCGGCCUUGAGAAAAGUGGCUGCUGGUAAGGCUGAUCGCGUCAACGCUGCCGAGGCAGAGGAGGAAGCCAAGUCAGGUUUCGUUGAUGAGUCGUUGAUUCAGGAAGAUACGACCAAACCACACGACAAAUACGUGCUUUCGUCAGCCGGAAAGCGUUUGAAUUUCAACGAAGUUGAGGAUAUCAUUGCCGACAUGAAGAAAGCCGGAGAGCAAGUAGACAUCAACCAUGCUUUGAUCCGUGGUCUUCGCCGUGGUAUUGCCAUCUACACAAAUGAAGUUGGUUUCGCUUGCUACCGUCGUCAGGUCCAAAUGCUUGCCCAGAAGGGUCGUCUGGCAGUUGUCUUCUCUGAUGACGCCCUUGCCUACGGUGUUAACAUGCCUUUCCGUUCUUGCAUUUUCUGUGGUGAUAUGGGCGACGCGUUGACUCCGUUGAUUGCCCAGCAGAUGCAGGGUCGUGCCGGUCGUCGUGGUCUGGAUGUGCAAGGAAACAUUUUCUACCUCGGUAUGGAAUGGCCGUACAUUGAGAAUCUGAUGCUUGGUCAGAUCAGUCACGUCACCGGUAAACAGCCUCGUUAUCCGAUCAUGAACUUGCAGUACGCGUUGGCUGCUUCGAACGACCCCGAUGAUUUGAAGCACUUUGCCCACGAAGGGCCUUUCGCCAAUGCAGUGAAGAAGAUCCAGAGGUCGCGCAUGUGCUUCCCUACGGUGACGGAGACCCAAAUGAAGUGGAUGUGCAAGACCACCCUCGAGGACUUCUGUAAUGGCAAGGAAACUGACUACUUUGAGGUUUCCAAUAAGGUCAUCGAAGGGCUCGGUUAUGUCCAUGAUGACAUGACUCUGGCAAUGGACCACAACGUGUUGUCCUGUGUGUGGGAGAUGUACAGGACGAUGCCAGAAGCCAUUCAUCUUCGCUCGAUCCUCGAGCAAAUGUACAUUCGUUUCUGCUUCAACAAGACCAAGAGCUUCAAGGAAAGCGAUUCCACCCAGAACGAUUUCUUGUCUGUGUUGUUGCACGUUGUGGAUCGCGUCCCCGUCAAAGAAGGCGAGGAAAGUCUUCAGGACUUGCUGCGUGUCGUGGGCUCCGAAGACGGAAGCAAGCCUGUGAAUGAUGAUGCUCGCUCAAUGUGGAUGGAAACCGAGAAGUGUCUUCGGGAAGAGCAUGAUCGCAUCAACGGUCUUGACAUCGAUCAGCCUGAGAAGGACAAGAUGCAUCUCGUGAUUCCUCCUGGCAAGGACGAUGACGACGUUGGACCCCCUCUGGAUAAGGGCGUCUACGAGAUGCUCAUUUCGAAGCAGAAGGGUUUCCGCGAUGAUCAAGACGUCGUGAGGCGCAACGAGUUGAAGAACCGCAUCGUGGCGUUGGGUGAGUUUUGUCAACUCGCCCACAAUACCCUGCAGCAGCCGCACGGCAAGUACAGUGAGCUUGAGGUGCAUUUCCGUCGCAUGUUCAAUAACAUCAAGUACAGCGUUGCGGAUAUGAUGAAUCAGCUCACCGACCAGGAAGAUUUGACAUUGGUGUAAUCGUGGGCUGUGACUGUGACAUGACAUGUAGGGGUGCUGUGGCAUCUGUUUCGUUUCUCGUGGCUUGAAUGAACUGGUGGUAAGGACCUUCUUAACUUUCUAUUAAUAUUGGACUGUUAUUUGCAUUUGCAUAACCAAUGGUUCUAUGGUGGUAUUCUUGGAGGCUAGAGCUAGAAGGUUGCAAAUGAGAAACCUCUUCCCAGCGGUAAGGUACAUUCUCCAUCUGCUAUAUGGAGCGUCCCUCAAUCGUGUUUGAUGGAAAAACCAACCCUAAAUCUUUGAAACCCACCCUAACGCUCGAAACCCGACCCAAAAUAGAAAUCCGACCCUAAAUGAGGGACGGGUUUUCAGAAACCGACCCUAUGAAAAACCGUCCCUCAUUUAGGAUCGGAAAUCAAUGUAUUUACCAUUCAGUCCCGUUUAGUUUUAAGGACGGUUUUCUAACUCGACCCUAAAUCGAAAUCCGACCCUAAAUUUUUAGGGUCGGUUUUCAAACCGACCCUAAUUUUUAGAGUCGGUUUUCAAACCCGACCCUAAAUCCGUCCCUAAAUUAGUGUCGUUUCAGAUUUAACUGAAUACACGAUUGAGGAACGCUCCUGAUUUCUGGCUCCAAACAUAGAAACCACCAAAAGUGGUAGGGAAUGAUCCAUGCAUAAAUAUCUGUGCUUCGCCGACAUGGGCCUGGAAUCAACCAGGAUUGUGAGGAGGAAUACAGUAGCACAUGCUGUUGUGCUUGCUUUCCGAGAUGCCUGGGAGAUGCCCUUGGACACUAUCGUGCUUGGCACAGAAAGCAUCUUACAGGGUUAGAUGCUGAUACAUCUUGAUGAGGAAGACCUCCACAGCAGUGAUGCGAGAUAUCCCCAAUUCUAUUUGCCUAACUAUAACUAUAACGAAUGGAUGCAAGCUUGCUCACCGAAUUCCUAGUAGGACGAACAUGGAUUGAGCCUUAGAUCCACCCAUUGCUCUGAACCGGGAAAUAGAGCCAUCCACUUAGCUAUUGCAAUACACGGCUCUUAGCCUUAUUCGCGACUCGAUCCUAGAUAGGGUUUGAGUUCGACUCAUGACGUAGUCCUUUGCGAAUAGUCAUUGAGACAGG